AUGAUUGGGCACACCAUACUGCUUGGCCUCGCGGCCGUUGGCGCCCUCGCCGACAGAUCCCAGGCCACAGCAGUCCCAGAUCAGCAGCUGCUGGGAAAGUCUCUGCAUGGAAGGACUCCGCAUUCCCGUCGCUGCCAGGCUCAGUCUUCGCAGAUGCGAGAUGAUGACCAUUAUCGCCCCAAGCCUUACCCUGGCAAACAGCCACCACCAGCACCAUCACCACCACCACCAACUCCAGAAGCAGGGUGCACGUCCUCGUAUCUUUCGUCGGUGCUGCAGUCGUACAAGGAAAAUGGCGUCAGUCUCAGCCUCGAGACAGCUGUACCUGUGCCCGAGGGAGGUUCCUUUGGCGAAGGACCAAGGGACCUGGCCGCUGCCGCCAACGCGACUCGGUUACCUGAGGUCUGUGCCAUCAUUGUGAGCGUGCAAAACUCGACGGCCAAUCCCCCGUCAAACUACCGCUUUGGUAUGUUCCUGCCGCCAUCGGAAGCCUGGAACGGUCGUUUCCUGGCCGUAGGCAACGGCGCGUUCCUAGGCGGCAUCAACUGGCCAUACAUGGGAUCCGGCCCGCACUAUGGCUUCGCCACCAUGUCCACCGACACAGGCCACAGCUCUGGCCCCGGCGACCUGUCGUGGGGUCUCAACCGCCCCGACAGGCUGCUCAACUGGGGCUACCGGGCCAUGCGGGGAUCCUCGCUGGUGGCCAAGCAGGUCGUGGCCGGCUACUACCAGGAAAAGCCCGCACGCUCCUACUUUACGGGCUGCUCGACCGGCGGCAGACAAGCACUCAAGGCGAUCCAGGGCGACCCGGAGAGCUGGGACGGGGCGCUGAUCGGCGCGCCGGCCUGGGACACCAAGAACCUGAUGCCUUUUGCCGCCAAGGCGGGCAAGUCCAACGUCCGGCCCGACGGGAGCCUGAUCUUUGACGCGGCCAACCUUGCCACCGGCGGGGCAUGGCAGACGCUCGUGGCGCAGGUGCAGCUGCAGUGCGACGCGGCCGACGGCGUCGUCGACGGCAUCACCAGCGCCCCCGAGCUCUGCCGCAUCGACUUCACCCGCUUCACCUGCCUACCGGGAGCCCCUCAAACCCCGGGCUGCAUAACGCCCGAGCAGGUCGCCGUGGUCAAGGGCAUGUAUGCCGACUACUUCCUCGGGGCCAACUUCACCGGAAACGGCGAUCCGCUCGUCAUUAACGGCAUGGAGCUCAGCGCCGAGACGGACCUCACCGGCUGGGUCUCGUACCUCAACAACCCGGGCGACUUCGUGUCGGGAUACCCUCGGUACUGGAUCUAUAACGACACACGAUGGCAGCUGUCGCAGUACACGGACCAGGUCGUGCUCGAUUCGCGGCGCGUCAACCCGGGCCAGGCCAGCGCCGACGACCACGACCUCUCGCCCUUCAAGCAGCGCGGCGGCAAGGUGAUUUUGUACCACGGCGUAGCGGACGGUCUGGUUCCGACGCGAUCGACGACGCACUACUACAACAAGACGCGCGACGCCAUGGGCGGCCAGCAGGCGACCGACGCCUUCCUGCGCCACUUUCUGGUCCCCGGCAUGGGCCACUGCUGGUUCAGCCCGGCGUGGGUCAACGCGCCGUGGAUGUUUGCCGGCGUGGGCCAGGCCGAGGCCCUGCAGCUCCUGCCGCCGACCGCCACCCCGCAGCCUCCGCCCGACGAGUUCCUCCGCGGCUGGGGCACGCCGCUGUUCCGCGGAGACGCCAACUACGACGCCCUUCUCAAGCUGAUGGCUUGGGUCGAGAACGGCACCGCGCCCGAGGACAUCCGUGCAGUCGCCUACGGUGCUGACUGGAAGGUCCAGAGGACGAGGAAGCUGUGUCCUUAUCCGAAGCGGGCCGUGCUCGUGAAUGCGUUGUUGGUGAAUGACCAGGCUGGGUGGGCUUGUGCGUGA